UCCCUCGGACACAGCGGAUCACCGAUAAACGGAAAGAGCCAAAGAUGUCGGCUCGGUCAUGUGAUCAGCUGUGUCCAAUCACAGCUGAUCACAUGGGACAUGUAUACAGAUCAUCAGAGCACUGAUGAUCAGUGUGCCCUGAUGAUCUGUGCAGCCCCAGCAGUGCCACCUGUCAGUGUCCAUCAGUGCCAGCUGUAAGUGCUCAUCCAUGCCACCUGCCAGUGCCCAUCAGUGCCACAUUUCUGUGCCCAUCAAUGCCACAUCAGUGCCACAUCAAUGCCACAUAUUAGUGCCCAUCUGAACUGCCUUUCAUUGUCACCCAUCAGUGCCAGUCAGUGCCACCUAUCAGUGCUGCCAGUCAGUGCCACCUAUCAGUGCCAGUCAGUG